AUGUCUUCCUCAUCUAGUAGGCCUAUAAUAGAUGAAAUUGAUACAAAUAUCACUAUUACACCCUCAAAAUCAACAAACCCUUCGAAAAGGGGCAGACACAACAAAACCUUCGAACAGCGUGCAGAAACAUGGGUUCUACCACCUCCAGUGGAUCGUCCUGUACAGCAUAGAACUACAGAGACUAAACGGAAGGUCAUCAUGUUUCAUGAUUGUCAUCGAAUUCCUGUAUAUGAUCUGGAAACACUUCAAAUUAGUCGAUAUCGCCCCCCUACAAUAGAGGAGAUGUCUAUAUACUUUAAGAUCCCAAGGAGUACUAUAAAUGGUUGGAUACAUAAGAGAGAUACUAUAUUAGGUUCUAAACGUGAUGCUAGAGGGGUACAGCGUCAUUAUAAGCCUCAUUGGCCUGAUCUUGAAGAUCAAUUACACAAAUCCUUUUUGGAAGCUAGAGCUCUAGGCAAGCCUAUUCGACAGGAGUGGUUUGAACAUCAUUCUAGGAGGCUUUGGAAAGAAGCUAAUCCUGAAUGCGAGAGCUUAUUCACCUUUUCUGAGGGGUGGUUUAAAGGCUUUUGCAAGAGAAAAGAGAUAUCUCUUCGAUAUAUCACUCAUACGGUAUCUGAUGGUUGUGACUAAAUUUUGAUCUGAUAACUCCAUACCUUUACGCGUCCUUCAAUGAUCGUCACCGCCGCACAGUUGUCCUUUACUUUCAAGCAAGCAUCAACACUGCGCUGCCCGGCGCUUCUAUCAUGGUUGUGCGCGAUUUCCAAUCCACCAAGAGUUUCGGGACCGACUCGGGACCGAAGAACAUCAUGAUUACUAUACUACAUGUUUUGCGUUUGGAGAAUCGUUCGUUAUGGUAUCUACUCCAGUUUUUAGACUACGCAUAGGCUUGUUGCUUCAGCCAUUUAAAUGGUUGUCUUCAUUAUUUGAGUUAUGGUGGAGAAUGGGCCUGACAGGGCUUGCAAAUAACCUUCAUUUAUGCUUCUAGUAGCCUCGGGACCGGGUGAGCAUGAAGCAUUAAAGCAUUACCAUGUACCGGUACUUAAUACUAGGGAUGAAAAUUCAAUCAAGUAACAGCA